CCACCUCCUUCUCCUGCUCCUGCCUGCCUUCUGCAUGGCCAACUCAAACAAUCUCGACCGUGCGAUUGAAAUCGUGCAACGUGCCAUAGACGAAGACGUCAAUCAGAACUACGCAGAGGCGUCCAAACUCUACCAGAACGCUCUCGAUUACUUCCUUCUUGCUCUCAAAUAUGAGAAGAACGAUAAACUAAAGGGCCUCAUCCGUGGCAAGAUCAGCGAAUAUCUGGAUCGUGCCGAGAAACUCAAGGAGCACCUAAAUAAGGACGCAGAGAAAAGGGCACGUCGAGCUGUUGGUGCUAAUGGGACGGCAUCAGGUGGACCAGGAGGUUCUGGUAAGAGCAAAGGCGAGGAUGGCGAGGAGGAUGACCCUGAGUUGAGGAAGCUGCGUGCUGGCCUUUCAGGCGCAAUCCUAACGGAUAAACCGAAUGUCAAGUGGGACGAUGUAGCUGGUCUGGAAGGUGCCAAGGACGCGCUGAAAGAAGCAGUCAUCCUGCCUAUCAAAUUCCCGCAUCUGUUCACUGGAAAGCGAACUCCGUGGAAGGGAAUUCUGUUAUAUGGUCCACCAGGAACGGGGAAAUCCUAUCUUGCUAAAGCAGUCGCAACAGAGGCGAACAGUACCUUCUUCAGCGUGAGUUCAUCUGACCUCGUGAGUAAAUGGAUGGGAGAAUCCGAAAGAUUGGUGAAACAACUAUUCCAAAUGGCUCGAGAGAACAAACCAGCCAUUAUAUUCAUCGAUGAGGUUGAUUCAUUAUGUGGUACAAGAGGCGAGGGUGAAUCGGAAGCAUCACGGCGAAUUAAGACGGAAUUUCUGGUGCAAAUGAAUGGUGUUGGACACGAUGAUACCGGUGUGCUGGUACUUGGUGCCACCAAUAUUCCUUGGAUGCUGGACAAUGCUAUCAAGCGCAGGUUUGAGAAGCGGAUCUAUAUUCCACUGCCAGGGCCUGAAGCUCGAAAACGCAUGUUUGAGCUGAAUGUAGGAACAACGCCAUGCGAACUUACCCAUAAGGACUACAGAGCUCUCGCAGAUCGUACAAAUGGAUACUCGGGUUCAGAUAUCGCGGUCGUCGUACGAGAUGCACUAAUGCAACCUGUGCGAAAGGUGCUCUCAGCAACGCAUUUCAAAGAAAUACCACCGCCAGACGGCGAGGGCAAACCAAGAUGGACACCUUGUUCCCCAGGCGACCCUGCGGCUGUUGAGAGAGCUUGGACAGAGCUUGAAUCUGACGAACUUCUCGAGCCACCUCUGAAGCUCAAUGAUUUCGUUCGAGCAGUGGAUAGCAUCCGACCUACCGUGUCAGAAGACGAUAUCAAGCGACAUAUCGAGUGGACGAAUGACUCAGGUGCGUGUUCUUAAUCGCACGCACGAUUGAGCCCCAAGUGACCAUUCUCGUCCCAGGAAACUCCGGAGAAUAAACAUGGACGGCAUUCUUUCUGUCUUCUUUUUUUGCUGAGAUGACUUGCUCUGCGCUCUGUUCCUCUUUUUUUUUUUCAUUGGCAUGAUAUAUUCUUUCCGUCUGCUUUGCUUUUACGAUGCAGAGAUUUUUACACGUGGGUUGUAUUGUAAUACAUAAUUGCUGUAGUUAUACAACGGAGAUUCAAAUA